AUAGUGUUUCCGAAUAGUUAACAUUCAGAUUUCAGUGUUUCCUUUGAAGAGUUUUUUUUGUUAAACUGUGACUGCGAAACAAAAGUUGACUAUUUAAUAAUAAAAAAAUACUAUUUUUCUUAAAAAUCGUAGUAAUAUAAGAAAAGUAUUCAUAGAGUUAAAAUUAUGUGAUGUGUUUUAUAACUAUAAGUUUAUUGUUUUAUGUGUGAUCAUGGAAGUAUCUAAUGAAAUAAAGGAAGAUAUUCGCAAAACACAGACUGACUUGAAAAAUGCAAUUAGAGUUCAUCAGAUUUGGGUUGCGCGACUUCAAGAAGACGAAAAUAAUGUACAUCUAAAAAUAAAAGUAAAGGAAGCAGAAAAAGAAAUUAUCGCUAUUGGGAGAAAUCAAAAAACUGUAGUUGAUAGAUUACGUAGAGAACUGAUUCUUUAUCAGCAGCGGCUUAAAGCAAGGAAUAAGCAAGUCAGUAUUGAAAAUGAGACACGUUAUGUUGCUCAGCAGUUACGGGACCAUCAGUUACAGUAUCGCAGUAGAAACAGAUCCAUAUCAUUAUUAAAACCAUCUGUCUUAAAUGAAAUAUUGAUAAAAUCGGAAUGUAACGAGGGAACUAACGCUUCUGAUUCAGAACAUGAAUUAAAGUCUUUCAAUGAUAAAGAAAACUCCAAUGCAAGUGAAAAUGAUGCUCAUGAAAAAUACCAUAAUUCUCAGUUGUCAAAUACAGUCCAUGACAGUAGAAAUAAUUUUACAAAUGCUCUUAAGAAAGUCAAAGAAGCUUUAAUAGGCACUAAAGUUGAACAACAAUGGUGCGAACAGCGAUCGGACUCAGACUCAUCACAGGAUCAUGAGCCAUCACCCACUCCAUCACCUCCACCUCUGCCGGAAUCUGGUGAACUGGUGCCACAAGAGAUCUUCAUGAGAUUAAUAGGCCUGAUCACACAUCAACAGAGAGAAUUAGUGGAAAAGAAAAGGAAUGAACGUAGAAAAAGAAGAAAAACUACAACUGCAAAUAGUGACUUCAUUUAUGGAAACUAUGAUAUGCUGCCAAAAAGAAAGAAAUUAAACCAAUUCCCGUAUCUGCAGUCACAUAGUGAUCCGCCGCAGACACGAUCGGCGAAGUUAAAAAAACAACAGGGUCAAGCCAAGUCAUCACGUGAAGGAUCACCAUCAGGAUCGUCAACAGAAAAUAAAGGUUGGGUUCAGAGCGCGCCGGCCUGGCUCUCGCAGCUACCGGCGGGGCUAACGGUGGAGCCGGCGGUCAAGAAAGUCUGUCAUAGUUGUGGCAGAAAUGAUGUGCCAUCGCUGCUGGUGUGCUGCGCUAUGUGCGGAACGUGGCAGCACACGGGGUGUGCGGCGCGCGGCCGCUGCCCCAGCUGUCGCUCGCCGCUGCCCGACCCCGCCGCCUGCCCGCCCGUCUGCCCGCCCGCCUGCCCGCCUGCAUGCCCUCCUGCACAGAUAUUUAGAGAUAAAGUAGCGGAACACAAACGCUUACAGCAACGAAACAUAGAGUUAUGCGAAGAACUAAGCAAGCUGGAAGCGCGUGCCGCGACACUCAAGGAGAACCUGGACGAGCAUAAUGAGGAGAAGCGGCAACUCCUCGCUGAUCAGAUCAACACGCAGAGAAACCUGCAGAAGCUGCUCGAUUUUAUCAGUCAGUUUAAAGAGACCUCCAUCAGCAUACGAUCAACUUCUGUCAGCGAAACUGGUAGCGAUCUCAGUAAGAGUAAUGAAGAAUGAACUGUUGACAAGAUUUGGAGACUUUGUGGCGGUUUGUGUGAAUUGUUAAUUUGUCUAAUUAAAAAAAAAAUCACAGUUGAUUUUGACUAGGAUAAAAUUGUUAUUUUAUAUGAAUGUUUUUUUUUAAUAAUGAAAUGAAUUUAAUUUAUAACAAUUUGUAUAUCAAAUUGUAUAUUUUAUUUUUGUACAUGCUUAGGAAACAUAUCUCGGAGAAUUAUCAGCUUUGGACGUAAUUUGUCCUGAUUAGUUGUAUUAAAUAGCCUAUUGCCACUUACAGUCAUUUAAUUAUCACUAAGGGUGAACAUCAAUGUUCUUAAUAGUUGAUUAAGGUGGUAAACUAGUAAGCGGCCACCUAAAUUCGCCAAAAUGGCGAAGUUGCCUGCCUUUUAAUGACUAGUAUAUAUUUAAUGAGAAAAAUCUUCGCUAAGUGAUUAACUUAGACGACUCGUAAGUGUGGAAAUGGGUAUUUAAAUCAUUAUUAAUUAUAAUUCAGUUUUAUACCAAGUGUUCAGAUAGUUUAGAAAAAUAUCGUACUUAAUAAUAAUUAUUAUGUAAAAAUCGUUGAAGGUAAGAACUUGUAUUUUUUACACAAUAAAAUGUAUUGAUACUAAUUAAAAAAAAACAUUUCCAUCCAAACAUUUCCAUUUUGACUCUUCUUGCUGAGAAUAGUCUACCAUUUGGUGAAAUCAAAACAUUUUUGUAUUGCGGAAGAAGACGUGUUAUUUUUAUGAACAUUGUAUAGAUAAAAUA